GCCGGGGCCGGAGCCCGGCGGGCUGGAGCUGGAGCCAGGCAGAGCCGGGCAGGGCCGGGCCAGGCGGUCCGGAGUGAGCGGAGCGCGGCCGGGACGCGCGUCAUGGACCCGAAGGCGGGUGGCGGCGGCGGCGGCGAGGAGGACGACUGCGUGGACUCGGGCGCCGAGACCGGAGGGUCUGACUACAGCCACUUGUCCUCAACCAGCAGUGAGCUUUCCGUGGAAGAGGCGCAAGACCCUUUCCUAGUGAGCAUCCACAUCAUCUCAGACCCAGGGGAGUCCCAGCCGCUGCAGGAAGCCAUCGACAAGGUGUUGGCCUGGAUCCACCCAGACCUCCCUCUGUUCCGGGUGUCAGAACGGCGGGCUGGCCGGCAUAGGCGGCGGAAGCCCCCCAAGGACUCACAGCCCUCACUGGCCGUGGUGCUGUUCCUGCAGGAGGAAUAUGGUGAGGAGCAGAUCCUGCAGUUGUACCGCAUGCUGCAGCGGCCACCCUGGCGCCACCACCACACAGAGCAGGUGCAUGGCCGGUUCCUGCCCUAUCUGCCCUGUAGCCAGGAUUACUUCACACUGGCCCCUGGGACCCCACUGUGGGCCAUCAGGCCUGUGCACUAUGGCAAGGAGAUUGUGCGCUUCACCAUCUACUGUCGCCACGACAACUAUUCAGACAGCCUCCGGCUCUAUGAGCUCAUCCUGCGCCGGAGCCCCAGCCAGAAGAGAGCGGACUUCUGCAUCUUCCCUAUUUUCUCCAAUCUGGAUGUGGAUAUUCAGUUCUCCCUCAAAAGGCUACCCUGUGACCAGAACCCGGUGCCCACCGACUCCUCUGUGCUAGAGUUCCGGGUGAAGGACAUCGGUGAGUUGGUGCCACUCUUGCCCAACCCCUGCAGCCCCAUCAGUGAGGGGCGCUGGCAGACCGAGGACCAUGAUGGCAACAAGAUCCUUCUGCAGGCCCAGAAGAAGCACAGGAAGUUCACCAAACCCAACAGAGCACACCACUCCUAUGAGAAGAAGCCUCAUUAUGCUCCUUCACCCACUACCACUGCACCUAGCCAUGCACCGGGCAUCAGAGAGCCAACCCCAUUCACAGUGCCCAGCCGGAGGAGUUUGCCUCCUGAGCAGCAGCAGGAAUGUGCCAGACUAGCCAGUAGCAUCCCUUGCCCUCCCUGGUCUUUCCAGAGAAGCAAGUCCUUGUUUUGUUUGCCCACCCAAGGCCCCUCCUCAGUCUCUUCAGCUGAACCACAGUGGUUUUCUAACAUCGAUGCCCCAAGCCACAGGGCAUCAGAGAGGAAGUCUGGUCACCUCUUCUCCAUUGAUGAUUUAGAGGGGGCCCAGGAGACAGAUGUAGACACAGGCCUGCGGCUGUCCUCCUCCGACCUAUCAGUGGUCUCAGCAUAUUCUGCCCCAAGUACGUUCUGCAGUUCUGUGGAAACUUCCCUGUCUUCUGAAAGAUUCAACAGCCACAAGCCAGCACACAAGGAUCCCAGAGAAGAAAGACCUCUACCUACAGCCAGUGGGAUGACCCCAGAAUCCUCAUGGACUCCCCUCCCCUUCCUCACCAAAGGGUCUGCCAGCUCCUCAGAGACAGCCAUCACUGCCCCCCCAGCUUUCAGUGCCUCGUCACUCAGAGAAUCAUCCACACAGCUCCCUUCUGAUGCCCCCAAAACUACAAGGGCUGACCAAAAUAUACCACCACCAGCAGCAGCAGCAGCAGUGGCUGACGUGGAGGAGUUCUACAUCUGAUCAUGGCUUGUCUUCCAAACACAAACUCAGACCCACAGGCUCAGGUCCCCCAGUGUUCUCAGCCUGGAUUUCCAGGUCUAUCUGGGACACGUUAAUCCGUUUCUGGGGGUUUAUUAGCACAGAGGCCCUGCCACACCUCCUUAGCUGAGACAAUGUAUUUCUAGGGACAUGGUGGAAAAAAAUACUGACAUUUCUAUGCAAAUAAGUUCUCCACAAACUUAAGUCCUAAAAUAUAUUUUGAAUAUUCCAUUAUACAAUUUAAAUGCUUUGUAUAAUUAUUUAAGAUGAAGAGAAAACCCAGUCAGCCAGAGCUGACUUGGCAAAUGUUUCAUGCUGUGAAAGUGAAACAAUUAAAGCCAACAUGUUGAAUGUGGGAGAGAAAGCAAGUGACUUCUAAGAGCUAUCCAAGCACAAUGACAGAAAGUACGGCUUAUUGGAGUCUCCCCUCCCCCAUAGAUUUAUAUUUCCACAGGACAAUGGCCCUAGAAAUUUGCAAGUCUUGCUUAGAGCUGACAGGCAGCCUAAGAUGGCUGUCAGCUUACAUCAGACUGCAAAAUGCCUCCCUUCAAAACCCCUGCAGCAUACGAAAAUCUGGAUUUGGACCAAAGUGGCUAAUAUGCUUUGAAGAAUUUAGCAUGAGUCACAGAUUCCCGGUGCAGUUAAAUAAUUUCAGUUCUCAAACCUAGAUUUGCAAAUACUUUUUCAACAACACAUUCACUGUCAUGAAUGAUGGGCUGAAGAUCAGUCCACCAUCUAGGCUGAUUUGGAUCACCCAGACAGACACGGUCUUUGGAGAUAAAGUAUAAUAGGAUGUGAAACAUAAUGGUUAGACGGGCUUCAUAAGACUCUUCCACUUUCAAAAGCACAAUCCAAGGGCCACAUCCAUAGCUCUGUAAGUGACAGGAGCCACAUUUUACACUGUUUUCUUUUCUCAAGAAAUAUACAUGGCUCUCCUAUGUUCUUCAUUUUUUUAAUAACUUGGAAUGUUUCAGCCAGUGUUUUCUGACUGCACAGAUGAGCAAGUGUCACCCUUCCCCCACAGUGGGAAGCCACCCAAAAUACUCUUUCUGAGCGAACACUGGUACCCUGCUAGCCUUCGUGAGGACAUGGGAGCCUUAAUUAAAGCUGAUGCUUUAACCCAACAUUGGCUUUUCCGGUCUAUUGUCCCAUUCUGCCACCCUGUGAAUGGCAUUUAAGUCUCCCUGUAAGGAUAUGUUUACAACUGCAAUGUCAGCAAUGCCAAGUGCUAGCAUCAGGGGCAAUGCGUCCCUGAUGCUAUUUAAUAUUUACAGAGAAACAACAUGGACCUGCGUUGUUCAUUUACCAGCCUGGUGCUCCUUGCCUGAAUUACUCAGGAGCCACGUUUCUUCUCCGGAAGUGUUCACACCAGCUGUCACAUGGCCUCCAGGCUGCUGUUACCAGUCAUCAGACUUGAGCUGCAACCUAAGGUGGGCCACCCUGUAGCAAGGGCUUUAGAUCCUUCCUCAAACACCCUGGACUUCCCAGGACUUGGGAUUGUAAUAUUCUGCUCCAAUGUAAAUAAA